AUGAAGACGUGCGGGCGCGCGGCGUUUUGCUGGGCCCUGCUGUGCCUCGCUGGCAGCCUGGCGGCGCCGCGCCGCCUCUACUGCGAGCGGGCGGACGUCGCCUGGCGCGCCUACAGAGCCCCGGCCGCCUUCGAGGCCCGCGUGCAGUCCCUGGCCGAGGACGCGGCCACCGUGCAGGUGCGCCGGGUGCUCCGCCGGCAGGGCCGCUGGCCGAGAGAGGACGCCGUGCUGCGGCUGCGGCUGCCCCGGGACUCGCUGCAGUGUUCGGGACGGUUCGAAGUGCCCUUGGAGAACCACAAGAACUAUAUCGUGUUCGCGGAGAGGAGAGGUCACGCCGCGGUGGCGCUCGGCCCUCCCUUGAGACGAACCGGCAAGUUGAUCAGGAGGAUCCGCGCGGUCUACAAGCCUGGUUACAGUAGCCCCGCUCGUAUAGAGCCAAUGCAAUCUGUUCGCAUUUCUCGAGGAAGUAGAGUGAAGUUGGAGUGUCGAGCCAGCGCUCGUCCUCCGCCGAGGAUAUCGUGGUACAGGGAUGGACGGCCAGUCGCCGAAAUCGCACUCAGGCGGUUCCGGGUGCAAAAUUAUAGACGUCGUUCGAUCCUCGUGAUUCGACACGCUCGUCGCGAGGACUCCGCCACAUACGAGUGUCGAGCCCAGGGCGCGGUUGGACCUCCAGCCGUCACCAGCGCUAAUGUGAGCGUCGUGGCACCGGUCGCCACCGCACCAGAUACUUCGAUCCUCGGCGCCCCUUGUCCGAUGCCUGACCCAGCCUCCUACUGUCUGAAUGGAGGCACUUGUUUAUUCUUUGAGCUCGUUCAAGAGCAAGCUUGCAAAUGCCCGGAAGGCUUCAACGGGCAACGCUGCGAAAAUAAGGACGUGUCAAAUAGGAGCAGUAUGUAUCAUUCCUACACAUGCAAACUGGGCCUCUCGACGUCCUACUACUGCUAG